GUCUUCUUUCUCCUCAUCGAACAGUGAUUGAUCAAGAUUCAAGAUGCCCUGCUCUUUGCUUUUUUCCUCCAAAAAUCUCUCCUUCAUUGUCAGUCUGUCAGGCUUCCCAUUGUACGGUGAAGAUCGGAACUCGGCAAUAGCAUUGCCUCAACUGGAGUCACCGCGUAACGUCACCACAUAACGGAAGACAAAAAAAAAGACAAAAAACAAUAUAAUGUCUCCCUUGCUAUAAAAUGGACAUCGUACAAAAAAAAUUGUGGUUGUUGGCCCGGCCACAUUUUGCAACGGUCCAGUAAUUUGUGUUGGGCCAUCGUUCAACGACCACUUCUACGACUAUUAUCCAAUCAUUACCGCGGCCAAUUCUCAUGCUCACCAUGCCUUUCGCUUUGUUAGACCGUUUUCGAAGCAGAUUCCAACGUCAUAAGAGCUGGAGGCUAUCCAACAAGGCUCAUAACCAUUUGCAACGAAGUUCGGAAGACUCAAACGACUCGGAUUUCACCGAAGUGACUGCAAAAACCUCAUUCGAUACGGUGCUCUCCAUUUCAUCUAUAUCCACUUCUGUCUCUGCCCACUCUAUUCCCAUUCCUUCCACCGUGGAAACGGUCAUUCUUCAAACGAAUGACCAACCGUCCCCGAAGGAAGCUGCGGAGAUACAUGCCAUCCUCGAUACUAAAAGACAAAAGCUGUUCGAGUUGGAACGCAGGAAGGAAGUUCUUGAUCGACAGAGAGAGUUUUUGGACCGACAGAGACGUCUUCUAGAUGAAGAGCUCGGAGUGAUGUCUGAAGAGAUUGAUCAAUAUAGCGGAGUCGUCGGGUGUGGCAUGAGGAACAUGCCCUCAGACCUGCUAUUGGAGAUCUUCCAUCUUUAUGUAGCAGAUUCUGAAUGUACUUCGUCUCUCGGAAGCGCAACUACCCUUACGCAUGUCUGUCGCAUGUGGCGCCAGAUCGCAUUAUCCUCUCCAGCACUUUGGGUCACGCUCACUGUUCCUCACCUUACUCCACAAAUCGCUUCGAAUGUUUUCCAGCGCCUUGGUCAGGUGAAGACAGCGAUAGGAAUUCCGUUGGAGUUCAAUAUCAACCUGCGGAGGUCUACGGAUGUGCACGAUGGAGAGUUUCAACAACUAUCCUCGGAUCUAGUGAAUGCCUCUAUCGCUCAUGUGCAUCGCUGGAAAUCUUUCUCUCUUUGUUGCGAAGACGAGCUGUUCACUGCUGGGAUACACGAAGAGUUAUUCAACGAGGUUUCGGAAGCCCCACGACUUGAGGCGCUCAAAUUCGCUUUUAGCGUUCAGAAUGCGGAAUGGUCCCCGUCGUCAUGGUUACUUUCGCUAUUGCACGCAGCCCCGGUAUUGCGAUACUUGCAACUUAAACUUCCUUCGUUAUCAGUUCGGGCCCUGUCUCCAUUGUCUCUAUCCCACCUCGAGUCCUUGACCCUCGACCUCCCUACGGUCACUCCUGCUGCACUUCUUUUCCUUUUAGGAGAUGUCGCACCCAAUUUAAAAGUGUGCCACGUCAAUGUGGCUGGACUUGUCAAUUUCGAUACGGACGAGGAUGAUAACCACUUGGCGUACGUCACUUCCAUGGUUAUACAUUCCUGUCUUGAGGUUUUCGAGAUUCGUUUAUCCCGCGGCGCGUCACCGGAAGCCAUGUCUCAACUCUUCGAUAAUCUGACACUUCCAGUAGCGCGCGAAAUGCUUUUGGAGAUCGGGAAUUUUCAAGAGCCCAGUUCAGAUUCUAUCACCUUUCCCGAUGACCUCGAACUCUCCUGGCCGCACGAGUCUUUCCUUGGGCUUCUUGAGCGUGCCUCACCGUCAGUUACGUCGCUCUGUCUUGGGUUUGACCCUGCUUCACCCGAAUCUGCUGACAAUGCAUGGGGUGGCAUGGGAUCCAUUGGAGCUGAUUUAGAAGAAGAACACGUUCGAGCUUAUCUGGACUUGAAUAACGUGGGACGUAGUUUGGCCACACUGCAUGUUAGGAGGGACAGACCUGUUUGGCCUGAGUUGUUGGAGUAUCUUACCUUGUCUGCAUCACACGAAUCGUCUCACACUUGCUCGUUGGACUUGAGCAACUCGGUCAGUGAUGCCUUGGGUUCUCAGCCAUUGAGAAACUUGGAGAAUAUCGCUCUUGAUAUCGAUCCAAUAUUUCAAGUCCUACAAAUGCGGGAUUUCGUUAAGUCGCGGUGGUACGAUAAUCUUUCGUCUGAUUCCCCGCGCCCCAUCACUCGCCUGCGAAACUUCAGCAUUACACUUUGCUUCCCAGACAUACCUAAUCUGGAGUUGGAAAGUGCUUCGGCGAGGAAAGUGUUUCAGCGAAUUGCCCAGGGCGAGGAACCGGAAGACAAGCUCGAAGUGGUGUUCCACAAGAGGAGGUACACGAUGAUGCCGAUGGAUGUGCCUCUGGUUACACUGGGAAGUGAACUUAUUAUUUGAUUCGCCUAAGGAUGAAACUUUCGACCUUCAUUAUCAUCCUCUGUCACAUUUUUCUCAUUCCCUUGUUUGUCCUUUCGUUUUCAUCUUUUUCCCUUCGCUUUGUUCUGCAUUGUCUCCACCCGAUGUAUUGAUCAAGUCGUGCAUACUUGGAGUCUCAUUUUGAGACUCUGCCUCGUUUAUGUCCGCAUCAUGACUGUCACGUUGGACCAUAACCAUAGGACAUAACUUAAUCGCAAUUCUUCCUCCACGUACCAGUGUUACUGAUUCGCUACUCAAACCAUAGUAUUAAUCGUCGACUUUUGUAUCUAUAGGAUCAGUUCUUCCUUUGUUCGUUCGUUUCACGAUAUUUUAGAUAAAGUUUAGUACUCCCGCAGUGUACGAACUACCACAACUCAUUCGCCUCCAAUUCUGCUACGUCCAGUAAUACUGUACAUUACGGUUGAUCAUGUACUUUCCCUCAGUACAUAAAGACGUCAAU